AUGUUUAGACUCACGGUUAAUCCUGGAAGGGCAUUGACUACUCAAUUUGUUUACAGGCCACUUUGGAACGCGUCAAUUCCUCACCAAGCUGUAAAAUUCUUGACUACCAAAACCGCCAAAUCUCCAGAAGCAAAAGCACUUGAUCGUUUGAAGGAGAAGAUUAAAACAGCCAAAGCAAACAAAAAGAAGCUCGAAAAGAAUCUUAAGGAAAAAGAAAAGGAUAUCAAGGCUUUAGUCAGUCAACGUAAGAAAGAUGCAGUGGCUGAGGAAAAGGCCAAGUUGAAAGAAAAGAAAGAAUUGGCAAAACAUCAAGCCUACUUGAAAGAUACAUUGAGAGAACCUCGUCCAUACACAGUGCAAAACUACUUUGCAAAAGUAACCAAGACUCCAGUGACAACAUUAACUCAAGGAUUUAGUGCCUUAUCUGAAUCUGAAGUAGCCAAAUACCAGAAAGCAACUGAUGAAUACAACCAUGCAUUAAAAUCCAUAUUGACACCAAAGCCAGUGUUAGGCCCUACUUCAGGAUACCAAAAGUUUGUUAGUGAAAAUUAUCCUCCAAAUGUCACUGCUGCUGAAGCAAUGAGAAAAUUGGCUGACGAAUGGAAACAAUUGUCUAAGGAAGAAAAGGAAUCGUAUCAUGUGCCUGAAGUAGAAGUGGAAAGAAUCAAAAAGAUUCAAAGGGAUUGGGAACAAACUAGAGAAAAGGAGUAUCCCAAGUUAGUCAAGUUUAAACAAGAGUAUAAAUUUACUAUCUAA